GUGUUUUGCAUUUUGCAUUUUGCUUGUGAAUUUUAUCGCAUCUCGCUUAUUUUAACGCAUAGCGUUGAAUAAAACGAUAAUCUUUGUUUGAGUUAUUUUUAAAGUUAAUAUUUUAAUCAACAUUCAAAUAAACGAAUAAAGUUUACGAAACGAAACAAGUGUAGUGCAAUUUUGUGAUUGUGUUUUUUGCUGCUUCUCACGUUAAUUGAAAUUUUAAUGUCUAAAAGUCGUUAAAAUUUACAAUUUUGUUAAAAACAUUUAAGAAAAGAUACAACCAGCAGAAAGUUUUGUGAAUAAGUUAUAAGCAUGCAACGACAAUUCACCUCUGGCAGUCGCCAAGCACCCGACCCUUUUGACCAAUUCUUGGAGGAGAACAAUUUCUAUCGCAAGCAUACAGCACGCGAUGCCUCCUGCUUGUUUCGUGUGAUUUCGGAACAAAUGUAUGAUACACAGCUGCAUCAUUUGGCGAUACGCAAGAAAUGUGUACGCUAUAUGCGUAAGCAUCGGGACUUUUUUGCGCCGCUCAUCGAACGAGAUUUGGACGAGUAUCUUGAUGAUAUGUCGAAACCCAAAACAUACGGAACCUUGAUUGAACUGCAGGCAGUUGGUUAUAUGUUCCAGCGUAAUGUAUUACUUUUUGAGCCCUUCAAUUUGGGAAACUUCUAUAGCACUCGCUCCUACUUCAAUGACUUAUUUCGAGUAUUUUAUACGCCUGAAAGGCACUUUGAUUCCGUUUUUACUUGUGACUACAUCAAAGAUGCAGCUAUAUGUCAGGCCAUAUGCUAUGAAAUCCUAUACAAGGACUUGUAUAAAUUACCGGAUGUUGCAUUUGCCGUUGAGCAUAUGCUACACUCUCCGGCACUGGAGUCUAUGGAAUACACUUCUGAAAGCAAUGAGGAAGGCUACUGCACCCGUAUACACUUAACUGAUGGACGUGUCUUUAGUUUCGAUUUACCGCAUGAAACCAAUUGCAUUUUGGAAAACUACGAACUCUGCCAUUUCCACUAUACAAACUUUCCGCGCUUAUCUGAUGAUUUGCAUCGUGAAAUGAAGAUGCACACAAAUUGUGACGAAUAUGAAAAGACAGCAUUGUGUAAAACCGCGGAAUCCCUACUGCCGCACAAGUAUAUUUCAUGUGUGCGCCAGUUAUUGCAGGAAGGCAUUACACCAUUUCCCUAUAAAGUUGCAAAAGCAUUAGAUCCAAAUAUGUAUCGCAACAUUGAGUUUGAUGCGUGGAAUGAGCAGCGCAAGGAGCAAAAAUUACAAAAUUGGUAUAAUGGUGACACGAAUUUUAAGGUGGGGGCCAAGUGUCAUGUGAAGUUAUGCAAAUCCGAAAACGAUGUGUACACUUGUCAUAUACAAGAGAUAGCAGUUGACAAAGGCUACUGCAUUGUUUUUAUCGAACAAUUAGGCGAAAAGCGUUUGGUGCCUUAUGAAUCACUUACUCCUUUGCCACCUGACCAAUUUAAGCCAUGGACAUUACCAUAUCGUUUCCAGCGUCAUAUGCAAAAAUACAGUUCGGUACGCCUUACUCGUCAUUAUAAUUAUCGCUUCAAACUGAAUGGCCAAUUUGCCGGUGAACACGAUUACUGUACUCCUUUCACGCCUAAUAGCAAAUCAUCGGACUAUGUAGGUAGCGAUGUCGAUAAAGAGGACAAACAUCAUUAUACUGCUGCUGUAGCUCAACAUAGCAACGGCUGUUAUUAUAAGUUGAAGCAAUACACACGUUUUGAAAACUUCCGUGCACACACUUUAGAGUAUUGCGCAAUGCCACUGACGGUGGAGCAUGCGCCACGUGAUCUAGAACCGAAAAGUUGUAGCGCCACUGUGCCGGCUUCCAACGAGAACAACGCUAGUGCUACGCCGCGCACAACCAUUCCAGAGACACGUGUUAAAACUGAAUCAAAUGUGCCACAAUCCAACCUUGCACAUGAAGACAUGAUCGCUAACUUCAAUGGCCUAGACCAUUCAACAGGGAUGAGUGCUCCCGCUUUCAUUCUCCCCGAUCUGCAUUAUUUAUAUCCUAUGCCUCAGUAUGGUGCCAUGCCUGAGGAGUAUUUCGCUUACGGAUAUGAUCCAGCUGUUCAUCCACCAACUACAGCGCUGAUGCCAACCGGUUAUUACAUGUAUCCACCGCCGGGCGCACCACAAACAGCUUUCGCACCAAAUAACCUUUACAUGCAAGCUGCACCACCGUUACCACCACCCCUUAUAACUACUGCAGCGCCACAUCCAGUAGCACAUAAUAUCGGUGGCUGUCCAUUUUACCCACCCAACGCGCAAUUUGGCAGCGUUGCACCAGCCAACGCCAUUGAAGCUAGUUCGAUGCAAAGCAAUGCAACACCGGUUUAUGAAACGCCAACCACACGCAAUCGCAGCGGUGUGCAAACGCCAAAUAUGACUACACCGCUAAGUGGUCGUAUCAAUUGGGACGCAACGAAAUCUGUUGAGCCGAAUGGCGUAGAUUUGCCUUCCGAUGUGUCCACUUUGCGCUACUUUUAUAAUUUAGGUUUGGACUAUCAUCUCAUUCACUCGAAGCGUGGCAACGAAGAUGCAAAAGCAAAAGGAAACAGUGGAAAAAUGAAUGGAGGAAAUGCAAAUGAAGACAUCGGGAAAGAGCCAAAAUCUGAUCCUAUCAAGAGCAGCAUGCCGAAUUUAAACGCGCAUACCGCACAAGCAUCCAAUCAAAAUGGCAACAACACUUUGCAAGGAGCUCCACAUAAUCAGUCUUCUUAUACCAGUAGCGCCAAUAGUGGCUCCGGCAAAGGUGGUCACAUGCAUAAUAGACGUUUUCAGUCGCGUUAUUUCAACAGCAAUAAAGAGCGUCCACUUUUUGUGCGCAAUCAGAGCAACAACAAUAACAAUAAUGCUACAAGUAACAAUAAUGCAACCGCCGUGCACGGCCAAGGUACCCACACACAGAAUGACUAUAAUAAUAAUACUGCUGGUGGAGGGGGCGGUAACAGCAAGUUUGCUAAUACACUGAAGUCUAAUAGCGUUGGACCAAGUAGUUCGAACCGUAGUGCUACACCUAAUUCGUCACACAGUCAUGCAUCGUUACCAAAUGUGAAAUCCAUUCAUGCGAUCAAUGGCAAUGGUAGUGGCAGCAGUAACGGCACUGCUUCACUUGCCGUUUCAGUUGCGGAGCUGGGCAUGCCAUCGCCACAUGGAAACUAUGAUAAUCGUGCUAAAAGUGGCGGUGGAGUUCAUAAUGGUCCUAAUAACGGUAAAAUGGUGCCACAGACACCACACACAACUUACCAAGCAUCGCAGGCGAACCCCAUGGUGGCUCCGCCUUUCGUCCCGUAUGCAGAGUUUAAUGGCGACUCACCUAUGCCAAUUGUUCCACCGACUACUGCAAACGGCGGCAUUUAUCUGCACAUGCCGAUGCCACCGCCUUCACAUUCUUUUGGCAUAUACGCGCCGCCACCACCACCUUCUACUGCCAUGGGUAUGCACCCAACGCCAACAUCAACGGUUUGUACUCCCAUAACUUAUCCAGCUCAGCCUAAUGGGGGACCACCGCAACAUUUCAUCUCUCCAUCGGAGCCAGUGACUACAGUAAAUAUGGCAUUCCAAGGACCGUCGAACGGUUUUUAUCCAACUCCAACAGAUCUCACAGCCCCAGAUGCGGCCGGUAUAAUGCAAGGCGGCGAGGGACUACAAUUCCAAUGUAUACCGUACACUGGUGCUGCACCACCUCCACCAAUACCAUUUUAUUAUACACCCGGCUCAGCAGUGGCAGCAGCAACAGGAGGAUUGACUAUGAAUAAUGGCAUUGCAACGGUACCGCAACCGUCCCAAGUAUCAGUCGCCACUGCUGGUGGAGGUGGCUGUGGGAAUACUGGUAUGGCAGGCGGAUCCUUAGGACCGCAGGGCUACUGGUGUCCACCGCCAAACGCGCUGCUGCCGUUACCCGCAUCUGCACUACAAACUAACGGUACAAGUGUUUGUGUUUCGACUCCAACCGGCAAUAAUCCAUCAAAUGCGAACGCCAAUACCAGUCGGUCACGUGAAAACAAAUAAGAUCAAUAUAUUUCUGUUAAAAGAUCGCAGGUAAUAUUUUACUAAACUACCAAAAACAAUUAGUGUGGGCAUUGAUUCGACAAAUUCCUUCACUUUAUUAUUUACGGUUACCAAAUAUGAAGGGCAUAAAGGUAUAAAGCGAGUUUAGUUUGCAAAAGAUUUUAAACUUGUAUAUAGCAACAAAAAGCUAUAGUCGGUGGUAUUCACCUUCGCCAAUGAAAGUCAUGACGACGUUUUCCGCAUUUUUAUGCGUUGCUUCGUUCAAACAAAAAUUAACUUUAAUAUUUUAACUACAAUUCGUCGCGCGAGUUUUACUCGAGUCAGAAGGAACUCCUUUUUGUGAGGGCAUUUUGUCGCAAUUACAAAUAAAGAAACUGAUCGAUUAAAUAUUUAUUAUACGUUAGUACUGACUAUAUUUGGUUACGAAUAUUUUCUAUAAUGCAAAUAUUUUAUAAAAAGUUCUAUCGAAUAUAAUGCCAUUGUAAAAGCGUUCGCAUUGCAUUUUUAUUCCAUGUUUUUGCGCAAAAGUUUUGUUUAUGAAACUUCAUAUUAAAUUCUAGAUAAAUUCGUCAUUUUUAUAUUACUUUCAUAUAUAUAUAUUGGUGUAUACUAUUUAAUGUAUAAAAGACAUCACACAUACACAAACAAUGCUAUCACUAUUUAAAUUAAUUUAUUGCCUAAAUUAUCGCAAAUUUACGAAAUCGGAAACUGUUCAAAUCACAUCCAUAUAUCCAUAAUUUUAACAAAGUUAUAAAAAAUAUCACUUAAACUUACAAAUUCGUUUUUUAUCCCAUAAAACUUGUAGUUUUUAAGCUCAUUUGCUAAUCAUAUUUAAAUAUAUGUAAACCAUUUCAAUAUUUUUAUUAUGCACAUAGUUAUUAACGGUGUACAUUUUUGGCCACAUAUUUUGUCAAUAUUUAUCAUUUCUCUGAAAAACAUUUUUGCGACUCACAAUUACAUAAUUUUAUUAAAAC